AUGUGUGUUCUUGACACGUGCAACUACUCCUUGAACGCCAUCGUCAAGAAGCUCCGAAGUGCUUUUCCUGAGCUCUCCAAAGCACCCUUGACUCCAACCAUGGUCGACAAGCGUUUGCGUGUCCUUGAUCAGAACCCUGAAAUCGACUACUUCCGUACCGGUCUCGAGCAUGCCAAUCGAGAAGGUAUAGAGAAGGCUCGCCGUGGAAAGGCCAUCAGCACUGACACGGGCCCUUCUGGCUACGAUACACGCAUUCCUGCCGACCCGAGAGUCUCGACUCUUACCGCUCCUACCUCGACUAUCGACAGCAGCUUCAUGAGCAGCAUACCAAGUCUUCCGGACCUUCCANAAAAGCUGAUUGAAGAUCGUCAUGAGUCUGAGUUCUCGCUCAAGACCACUGCCUCCCCUAUACUAGAAACCGGUGUUACCUCCCGACCCUUCGAGUCUGGUUUUCUGGACUACAGAGCCUCUUCCUCUGAGAAGGACAUGUCGCAGAGAUGA